UGCGCAUUACCCUCAAUGCUGCCGCCGGAUGUGAGCUCUGCCCCUGCAUAUGAGACUGUGAAACCCCGUCCCAGGCCCUCUUUCCUCGCUGAUAUCGUAGAGACGGACAGCGUUCACAAGAUGACCGAGUGGGAGAAUGCCCCAGCUGCUGUGGCUGAAUCGCCCGAGAUCAAGCUCUUUGGGAAAUGGAGCACUGAUGAUGUGCAGAUCAACGACAUCUCCCUUCAGGACUACAUCGCCUGCAAGGAGAAGUAUGCCAAGUACCUCCCUCACAGCGGGGGGCGCUACGCUGCCAAGCGGUUCCGCAAGGCCCAGUGCCCCAUUGUGGAGAGGCUGACCAACUCCAUGAUGAUGCACGGCCGCAACAACGGCAAGAAGCUGCUGACCUGCCGCAUCGUGAAGCACGCCUUCGAGAUCAUCCACCUGCUCACCGGAGAGAACCCCCUGCAGGUUCUGGUGAACGCCAUCAUUAACAGCGGACCCCGUGAGGACUCGACCCGUAUUGGACGGGCCGGGACAGUGAGGAGACAGGCUGUGGACGUGUCCCCCCUGCGUAGAGUCAACCAGGCUAUCUGGCUGCUGUGCACCGGUGCCAGGGAAGCUGCAUUCAGAAACAUCAAGACCAUCGCAGAGUGUCUGGCUGACGAGCUGAUCAAUGCUGCUAAGGGUUCAUCCAACUCCUACGCCAUCAAGAAAAAGGAUGAGCUGGAACGUGUGGCCAAGUCCAACCGUUAAAGCAGCUCUGUGUGUUCGCCUGUUGUGGGUGUACGAUGUUGUACAAUAAAAACAGAAAAAACCUUGCCACAAAA